CUGAGUGAAUUGCAAAGUUAUUUUCAGAAAAUUCUGAAGAUCAUUACAUGUAUAUUUCAGUAAUAAAAAUAAUCAGAUUUUUUACACUGAUGCAGGACGUUCUGAAUUAUGAAUUAUGAAGAUCUGCUGACAGAAGAAAAUAAUCAAAGAAAAUCUGUGAGUAAAAAGUCUGAGAAGGGGUCAAAUCCUCCAGAAGAUGAUCUUGAACACAAUGAAAAGAUUGCAUUGAGACAAAGGUUGUCUGAUUUGGAACUUUCUCUGGCACAGAAAAAUAGUGUACACAACAAUGAUGUGUCAAAACUACACGAGCAAAUUUCAAAGUUACGAUCAUCUUUCGAGAAAAAUGAACUAUUACGCCAAAAAUUGGAUUAUGAACUCACUUUGGUUCGAAAAGAAAGCAGUCAGGAAAAACGGAAAAGUGAAACAGAAAAACUGAAGCUGCAGAAUGACAUUGACAAUCUUCAAGAUGAAGUAUUGAAGUACAGUACGGAAUUAGCAACUGUAGAAAGGUUGACGACAGAGCAGAAAGAGAAGCUAGAUAGAAUGCACCGUGAUUGGUCCGAUCAACUAACAAUUAAUGAAGCUGCUCGUGUUGAAUUGAAAAGGGAAAAUGAAAUUUUAUACGAAGAGAAACUGUCUACUGAAAGUCAACUUUUGACUUGGAGAAAAAAAUAUGAUGAACUAGAAGAAAAAUACUCUUUGCUUGAAGGUCAACAGCGUAGCCACGUUGACACCAUUCGAAAGCUGACAAAAGAUAGUGAAUACAGCAAUAAAAAAGAAGAAGAGCUUAUAGAAGAGUUAAAGGGUUUGCAGGAAAAGGUUAAGUUGCUGGAAAGUAACAUGGAAGCUGAACGAGCUGCUCACUUGGAAACUAAAUUUCACAUGGAAGUUACUCAGUUAAAAGUUCGAGAUACAGAAAAUUUAUUUGGUGUUGAAACUGCUCGCUACAAUGAAUGUAAGACAAAUCUGGACAAUGUAAACAAGAAGUGCAGAGAUAUGGAAAAUGUUUUGAUGAAAGAAAGAGAGAUAUUUACACAGUUAAAUGCAGAGCAUAAUCAAAUGAAAAAAGAGAUAUCUGACAUAAAGAAUGCAAAUAAAAAUGAAAUCACAGAAAAAACUGAUCUGAUUUCAACAUUGUCUGCAGACAUAUUAAAUUAUAAGCAGGAGGUAGACAAGUUACAAAAACAACAGGAGCAGAUGAGAACAAAACUGGUCAACCUAGAAUCACGCAAAGGUGAUGUCAUAAAAGAGCUAAGGUUUUUACUAAACAACUAUCAAGUUAUAUCAGAAGUUGCGAAAUCUCCAGAUAAGAAUGAUGCUUGGAAUUUCUCUGGUCUUAUUGAGCAGAUUCGUCAAAUUCUUGAAGACUAUCAAAAUAAGUUAGCAGAUAAGGAAAAACAGAUUGUGCUGGCCCAUGCUAGCUUGGAAAAGGUAAAACAUGAAUGUGAAACACGUCGGGAGAUAGAAUGGAACAGAGAUAGAGCACUCCAGGAGGCUGAAAAACUUGUAACAGAUGCACAAACUGAACUACUGAAAUGUCAAAAGAAAUGUGCUGGACUGGAAGAAAGACUGAGAAAGUUAGAAGAUGAUGAGAAGCAUAUGAAGGGAUUAUUGGAGAAGAGAAAUGAUAGAAUUACACAACUCAACGAGGAGAUUAUCGCUGUAAAACUUGAUAGAGAACAAAAUGACCAGAGUGCAUUCUCAACGCUGCAAGUUGCUUAUGAGCUUCUUAUGACUGGUUCCAUACAACCGUCACCAUCUCCAAUGAAAUUUUCUAUGAACGAAUUAAAAGAUAUCAUUAUAAAUCGUUUAAGAGAUGAUUUGUAUAACUGGAAAAUGACGUCGCAAAAGCUUGUAGAAGUUCAAAAGGAAUUGGAACAUACCAAAAGAGAAUUAGUUAAAUCUAAAGAAGGAAUAAAAAAAUUGCAAUCGCUAAAUUCUGAUGUUUUAUCAAAGACUGAGAAAAGUUUGGUAGAUAGUCAGCAACUUUGGUUACGAGAAAAAAAAGCAAUGGAAGAAGCUCAUCGAAAAUAUGUUUCACAACUUAAUGCGGAUUUGCAACAGUUGGAAGAAAAAUAUAAACAGAAUGCGUUAAAUGAAACAGAAAACAUGUAUAGGAGGAUUCAGGAAGCCGGCGCACAGAAUCACGGGAUGCGAAAGAUCAUCCAUAAGAUGGAACUAGAGAACAAAUAUCUAAAAAUCAAUACAAACAUAAUCACCGGUGCAUUGUGGGCUUUGUUGUUGCGCUGUCAAUCAUUGCGGGUUGAAAAACAGAUCGUGUGGAGAAUGUUGACUAGUUUGACGACAUUUAAAACAGACAUUUGCGAAUUAAGUGUAACGCUGUCUCAAGGAAUGGAACAUUCUGCAAUUCAUAGAAAAGGUUACAGUCAGGAGAAGUCAAGUGGGAUUUUUCGAUUUCGCGUGUUUGUUAUACUUGUUUUAGCGAGUAAAAGAUUUGCAAGGAUCGGUUUGUUUACGAAAAUUGUUCGCCGAAAGAAAGUAGAGAAGGAAGAAUGUGUCUCUUUGUAUUAUUGUAACACAAAAAAGGAUGAAAAUUUUAUGCAUGUCAGCAAAGAAGAUAAACAGAAUAGUAAAUUGUUCCAAUGGUUGCAUGGUUCGCCGUUCUGUAAAAUAGCUCGCCAAAAAAUACCGAAAUUUUUAAUGCGUGAGAAAGAUAUGCAAAAUGAGUUUACUGAUCACUCAGUGUGGAAUUAUUAUACGACGUAUGUGGAUGUUAUGAAAGAAAUGUUUGCAAACUCUUCAGCAUUUACACUGGACGGCAACAUCUCCAGCAACUUGUUAGUACAACGACUUGGGAAUGGUUUAAAGAGCAUUCUUCUACAAGGGAAACAUCAGAGUAUUUAUAUUUCUUCCGUGGAAGUGAUAUCAGCUAUGCGUGAAUCUGUUCUGAAAUUUACCGAGAGACUUCAUGAAAGCGAAUUGGAUCGGAGAUCAUUGAAAGUCAGCUAUGAUUGCAGUCAAGAAGAACGGGACAAGUUUCAAGUCGAACUAAACAGAGAACGUGAGUACGUCAAGUCCAUGCAGGUUGAAGUGAAGCGAAUGCGACAAAAGUUGCACGACUGCAAGAGUCAAUUAAAGUCGAUGAUUAGCGAAGAGAAAUUUGACCAAGUGUGUACAGACCUUAACAAUGCUUUAAAAAGAGAGGAAGAGCUUCAAGAUUUUUUGGAGAACCAAAAAGUCGAGAUUGAAAAAAUGGAUGACAGAAUUGGAAAGUAUGAGAACUUAAACGAAAAAACAGAUCAAAAACUGAGCGAAAGAGAAAUAGAAGUGAAACAGAAAGAAGAACAUAUUCGCAAUCUUCAGGAGAACUUUCUGAAGCUUCAGAAGGAGAAAGAAAGUAUGCAGAAACUUGCGGAGAAUAAACAAAGUGAAAUUACUCGCCACGACAGGGAAAGAGAGGUUUUGUCAAGUUACCUUCGUAAUGUGUCAGCAGCUUUAUACGAGAGUAAACAACAGAUAGCUUUCUCUGAAUCACACCGAAGCAAGUUAGAUUGUGUUUUACCUGUGUUGAUCACACCAAACGAGUUGCUAGCUGUUGAUGGGAUCACCUUAACUCCAGAACUUACAAUCUGCCAGAAUACAGUGCAGAUAUUUCUUGAUGUUCAACGAGAUGCGCUUCAGCAAAUCUCCAACCUGCGGACAGAAAAACAAGUCAUGCAAUACAAAAUCGCAGCCCUUCAUGAAGAUGUCUCCACACAUAAAAGUAGAAUACAAAAAUUGAAGAAUCAAAUUGCAGCUGCUUGUCAGGAAGACGUGGCUACACCAAAUAUGAUACGCAGCUCUGGUAGCAUUUUGGUUGAGAAAACUGACAAUUUCAUGCCUUUAACUCACCGCGAUGAAGAACAUUUUGUUUCCUGAUCUUUUAUAGGUUUAUGAAUUUGUUGUUGUUUUAACGUGUAAAUAAUUGGCUUUUUAAUUUAUUACAAUUAAUUUAUAGCAUUCUCAAUCA